CUGAGAAUACUGUCAGGACUGGAUCAAACGAGACUGUUACACAGAGCGUCCAUUGCCAUGGUAACGGGGCGGUUCAGACGCGGUAUCCAGGAUCCAACAUGGCGGCCCAUUGAAAGAAACAGUGAAGAUUGACAGGUGUUACAUUAGGGACGAUGAUCACCUAUGACGGGAUUUGUUUGUCGAAGUCGUGAUCCAAACACUUGUGUUUUGAACCACCAGAUUUAAUCCAACGAAUUCUGAAGGAAACAUUCGAAUAGGAGGGAGGUCGCCUGUUAUUUCAGGCUCCUUUAAUACUGAAGUCUUGCCAAGAAAGACUUGAAAAGGGAAAGUUUUUCGGGUCUUAUUUCACCAAGUCGCCUGCAGCACAUUUCUUAAUUUCGUGCCCAUCUAGCCAGGAGACAUGAGCAGCCACUGGAGGAGAAGCAUGGGGGCCCGGACCCCGAGUCCACCGGGAAAGAAGACCGCCAAAGUUACCCCGACCAGGCGGCCGAGUAGCGCCAUGAGUUGGGGCGGUCGGCCCUCCAGCCCAAUGAGAAAAAGCCCCACGCCUCGCGACCACGUUGGAUACAAGCCCAAGUCAGUGAUCCUCCAGCCCGACGCCUACACCACUGACAGGAUGAUGACCCUGAAGAGUGCCUACACACCCAUCGUGCACAGACCUUCCAAUCACACGUUUGAUGUGUGGACUGACGCCCAGCGUAAGAAGUUCCUGGCCACCAUCCUGCUGAAGUGCACACGUGGGCAGCUGAUGUUCAUCCGGGACUGGUUCGUACAGGAGGUUCCCGUAGAGAGGAUAGACUUCACGACCGUCCUGCCCAAGUUCCUCUCCAUUUACAUCUUCUCCUUCCUGGACCCACGCAGCAUGUGUCGGGCUGCGGGCGUGUCCUGGCACUGGAAGUUCCUCACUGAACAGGACUCGCUGUGGAUCCCUAAGUGUGUGAAGUACGGCUGGUUCCUGCCCUACACGCCCAGUGAGAGGGAGUACGGCUGCUGGAAGUACCACUACAUCGCCUGCACAAAAACACUCGACACCGUCGUCAAAAACAAACCCUCGGACAACUACAACAGUUUUGGGUUUGGUGUGUCGGAAGAUGCCAGGGAGAGAGAAAUACAGAAGGAUAACGAGAAGGCAAAAAGGAGAAAAACAAGGAAAUACCAGCCAUCAGGGGGGAACUUCAAGGAGAAAGUUAGCAUCCGUCCCCCCUGGGCUCCCACAGACCCCAAACCCAGGGAGUAUGAGGAGGCUUAUAAGGCCUUCCUGGCAGAGUAUAACCCUAAUGACCCAGACAGGGCCACCAAAGCGACGCUUUACACCGAUAAGUUCGGGAUUCCACGCCAUAGUAGGUCCAAGACAGCGCCGUCCAAGUUUGAAUAUGGUUUACAGUCUUCAUGGAGGAAGCAGAGACACAGGGCUGUUACUUCUGGAGAGGAGCUUGACCUUAGAAGAGAGUCUCAGGCCGUGACCUUGACAGAGAGUGUACAAAUGGAGAACUACAAUGACACAGGGGGUUCUAUAGAACAGGACUGGGAACCUCCCAGGGCCAGGGAGAUGCAUAAAAGCCUGUUCAGGAAGGACCUGUCUGGGGGAGGGCCGUACCCUGCCGUGUACAAGGGUGGGACAGACCUGGUGCCUCUGGGUCGCAACUACCCCAGCCACGAUAACCCACGGGUCAUCUUCAUAUCAUCCAGCAUACCAGCUGCAGAGGUGUUAGUAGAUGCAGUACUGUUUGGCUGUAUCCCCAUCGUGUAUGAGUUUGAGGGGACGACGCUGGUGUCCCUGUAUGAGCGGCUGGAGGAGGCGUUACAGGGGAGACAUGCCAAGAGCAUCGGGCUGUUCAUAGACGGGGAACCGGGGGAGGCCAAUCUGGUCAAAGGCCACACCCUGAAGCUGCAGAGCCUGGUGCGACCAGACAUCCGUGAGUUUUUUGAGCGGCUGUGUAACAACACCAUGGCCCCUAACCUGGGUGGGCAUGUGGACCUGUUCCUCCCCCUGGCCUCCACUGAUGCAGGGAUGGAAGUCAUCCUGCAGAUGGGCAUUCUGACCGGCAUGCAGUUUUCCUCACCUACAGGCAUUGUGGGACAGUAUGGACAUGUUCAGUCAGAGUGGCUGGCCACCCCGGAGCACGCCCCUCCCCCAACCCUGUACUUCAACAUGGACAAGCUGCUGGCCUGGGCCAGUAUGGCAGACCUGGUACAGGAGGCUCUCAGGGUCACACACAAGCUGCUCAGGACGUACUUCAGUAAUGCACACAGGGAUCUCUGCAGUCAGCUGACUGGUCAGUUGGUGUUUGAUGUUUUGGACUUGGGAGAUCUGAAGAGGUUCCAGGACGUUAUCUACACCAUUCGGGAUGGGCUGGUGGCCAUGCAGGUGGACGAGAUCACCAAACCGCUGGAGUUCCUGGGCAGAUAUCUGCUGGACUGUGCAAGCACCGUCGCCCUGCAGGACCACCCUGACAAGAGAACCCAGGUUGCCCAUGAGCUGCUGUCCAGCGAGGUCAGGUACUGCAAGAUCCUGCAGGCUAUGAGGGACGUGUUUGUGAUCCCUCUCAGAAAUGCUCUGUCUUCUAACAAAGCCAUCAUCAGUGCACCCAACAUCCAAGACAUCUUCGGGAACGCCCUGCAACUCCUUGAGCUGUCUAAGGAACUGGUGGAAGAUGUGAAGGGGAGGAUCCUGGAGUGGGGACCUCACCAGUGUCUCGGGGACGUCUUCUUCAAGUUCACCAUCAAGCUGAAGGCUUACUCCAACUACUUCAACAACUAUGAGCAGUCACUUAGGUGUAUAGAGAAGUGUAUAGAGCAGACGCCAGGUUUCCGCACCUACGUGAGACGUUACAGCCAGACUCCGCAGAUGAAGAUGCUGUCCCUCCAGGAGGUUCUCCUGGCCCCGACCCGCCGCAUCACCGAGUACAUCACGCUGCUGUGGGAGCUCCACCACAAAACCACGCCCGACCAUCCCGACAGGGAGGACAUCACAUCAGCCAUCGCGAACUUCAGGAAACUGGAGGAGUAUGUCAAGGAGUUAAAGGUGAAGUCAGAGCGUGACCGUCGGCUGAUCGCCCUGCAGAAGCGGAUCCUGCGCUGUCCCAUGCUGCUGGAGGCUAACAGGUUCCUCAUACGGGAGGAGGUGUUCGCUCACCUGCUGCCUGCCAAGGAUGAGGUGCAGCCAGAACUCAGGAUCUACCACCACAUCCAGAACCUUGGGUUUUUCCUCUUCAACGAUGCCCUCGUGGUCACGGUCUUCACCACCAAACACUUCCCCUUCGAGCGCUGCGUCCAGGAAAACCACAAUUUUUUCGCCAGCAUCUCCCUAAACCGCAUCCAAGUCAGUGACAUUGCGGACUCCAAGUUUGUGAAGAAUGCUUUCAAGAUGGUGACGCCGAAGAGGAAGUUUAUUUGUGCAGCUGAAACAUACGAACUGAAGUUCAGUUGGAUAACUGCACUGCAGGACGCAAUACAGGCUGCUAUCGAGUUGGAAUAGAAUUUUGUAUAGCAAUUUUUUUUUAUUCAGAAAAUAUACAUGUACUUUCUUUUAGUUUUUAUAAUCUUUAGAUAAUCUUGUCCAAAUGCUGCUAGAGUGAGUGAAUUUUAAAAUCUCCUUUAAGUUAAUGGAG